AGCAAAUUUCCCUUGUUCUUCGCAUCCAAAUCAGCAUUCCCUUGCUCUCUUUCUCGUACCCACCGCGUACACCCCCAAACAAGCAGCGAAGAUGCCGAUUGUGCAGCGCACGGUGGAGCCGACGGUGUUGUGCCGACAGCCGUUGCCACCACGCUGCCGCAAUGACUUGGAGGCUGCAAGCGUGCAGAGCAUGAGCAACCUCAUUCGACAGCUCAGCGACGUCGCCCGCCACGCCCACGAGAUGUUCACCGCCCUGCACAAGGAUCUGGAGCAGCUGAACGAACGCGCAAAGCGCACGCGGGACCGCAUCGGCGGCAUUGCUCACGCCGUGGUUCGCCGCACCGACGACGCUGCACCGACUCUUGGCGCUGCACAGGCAUUCCAGCGCUCCUACGAACUGGACCAGGCCAUCAUCUCGCGCACGCCGCUGCCGACGUCUCUCAAGGCGCUCUUCGACAAGUGCGAGGCGCCUCCAGGUCUCAACAGCCUCACCAGGUUCAGGCCAGACGGCGUGCAGGCCCUGACCAUGUACACGGACCCCAAGUUCUUCCGCCGCCUGUGGAUCGAAAAGAUGAUGAAGGACGCAAAGGCGCAGAUGGAGAAGCGCAAGCGCAAGAAGAAGCGUCACAAGCGCAGCGAAACGCGCGCGUCCCACCGCGAAGUGGCCAAGGUGCAGAAGAAGAAGUACAACGCAAUGGGGGCAGAGUUCCAGCAGCAGCAACAGCAGCAGCCACAGUACCGCGGCAAGACGCGCACGGCCACAACAUCGUCCCGCCGGCCAACCAAGCCAUCCAGCGCGCCGCCACCGCCACCCCAAAAGCCAGCCAAUGCCCCGCCUCCACCGCCAAGCAAGCCAGCCAACGCCCCUCCACCCCCUCCACCAGGCACCGCCAAGCCAACGUCCGCACCACCACCACCGCCUCCAUCUGCAAAGCCAAACGCAAACGCAAGUGCACUUGUCCCGAGCAUGCCUGCAAUGCCGCCACCGCCACCACCAGCAACCGAUCACGAGCAGGACGAGGAGUCUGCGACGUCCCCCGCACAGACACCACCAUCUCCCCCGCCCGCGGUGUCUGGGCUGCCGCCACCGCCGCCGCCACCAGCAACAGCAGCAGCAACAGCAACAAACGGCAGCACGGAGGACGAUGGACCAGCCCAUGCUGCACUUGCUCAACUGGCGCAGUUGAUUGCACCAAAGGCAGAGCGGCCAGACGCACCACCAGCACAGAUGCCACCGCCACCGCCCCCACCAGCAGCCUCCAUUCCGAAUGGAGACGCAGGCGUGCCAGACAUGCCACCGCCACCUCCGCCACCGGUACACCCAAGCGCCACAGAUGCGGCACCAUCCUCAGCGCCACCACCACCGCCACCGCCUAUGCCGGCCAACGCUGGGGCCCCGCCGCCCCCGCCCCCGCCAAUGCCAUCAGCGCCGCUCACAGAGGACGCGGGGGUUGCGGGCGGAAACGGGCUGCUCGACGCAAUCAAGAACAAGCGCCUGCGCAAGGUGGAAAAGGAGGAGAAGGACCGCACGCAAUCGUUCAACAUGGGCACGGAUGUUGCUGCAAUCCUGGCAAGGCGCAUGGCCUUGGAGAUGUCGGACACGGAGUCCGAGACCGGCAGCGAGUGGUCGGAUGACGAGGACUGGAGCGACUGAGGCCUUGAGUUGUUCCGUCUGUCUUGAUGUGUUUGUGUGUGUUUGUUUGUUUGUGUGUGUGUGUGAGUGAGUGUGUGCUCGUUGGCGUGUUUACAUGUCUACAUGUGUGCUACAAGUUGCUGUGUACGACAUGCAAACGAUUCAAUCCGUGGUUUUGUGCUUGUGCUUGUGCGUGCGUGUGUGUGUUCCUGAACAAUUGUGUCUUUCAGUGAUUGUGCGCUUCCGUUUGCACAUCCAUUUUUCCUCGUCCUCCUCAAGCACCACCGCCGCUGCUGUUCCUCAUGUCAAUCGAGCGGAUAUUGCAUUACACCGAUUUCAUGGUCCACAGAUACACAUGAAUACAGG